GCGGGCGUCGGCACCAUGGAGAGCUGCCGGGCGCUGGCGCUCUGCGCCGUGGCGGCCGCGCUGCUGCUGGGCGCCCGCGGGCAGGGGCCCACCCCGCUGCGCCGCGGACGCGACCUGGGCGUCCCCGGCGGCGGCGGCGGCGCCUCCCGAGAGAAAGAGCUGAUCGAGGCGCUGCAGGAGGUGCUGGAGAAGCUGAAGAGCAAGCGGGUGCCGCACUACGAGAAGAAGUUCGGGCAGGUGCCCAUGUGCGACGCCGGGGAGCAGUGCGCCGUGAGGAAGGGGGCCCGCAUCGGGAAGCUCUGCGACUGCCCCCGGGGCACUUCGUGCAACUCCUUCCUCCUCAAGUGCCUGUAAGCGGGGCCGCCCCGGGACGAGCCGCCGGCAGCGCCAGGCACUCACCACCUCUCCCCGCCCCGACCGUCCGGCCCGGGGCCCCGGCGGAGACUUCUCGCGGCUCGUCCGGCCGAGAAGCCCCCGCGCAGCCCGUGUAACGCCGUCCGUGACAUCCGACAUCCGUGGAGCUGUCUUCUUUCUCUCCUCCCCUCCCCGCUCCCUGCACCCUUCCCUUCCCUCUCCUUCACCCUUCCCCGUUUGAUUUUGUCCGUCCAGGAAAAAUUCCAGCCCGUGCCUUGCCGAGCAGAGGUGCCGGUACCGGGGGUUGCAGUGCCGCACCGGUGCAGAGCCCAGUCGCCGUGCCCGGGAGCGGGGCUGGCCCCGUGCCGUGCCCUGGGGUGCCCGGCUCCUUCCCCGAGGCGGAGAACACCCACCCGCCGCCGGACGGAGGGGCCGGGGCCAGGGCAUCCCCUGGGGGGAUGGCGUGGGGGGAUGUCUUCAAACCGCCCUCACCCUCUUCUUCUCGCCCCGCAGUGGAGAGGGCCCGGCUCGGAACACCCCGGAGGGAGCGGAGGGGUUUGACCCGCACCGGUGGGGUUUGACCCGCACGGGCAGUUUCAGGCCGAGUCCAACCACGCUCACGCCACGCAGGAGAAAGUCCCGCAUGAGAUACCGGUGGCGUUCAGGGGACCGGCACUAGCCUGGCUGGGGGGGGGCUGGGGGGAAAUCGGUUGCUUUACCGGAGCCACCACGGAGAGAAAGCUGUCUGGAUCCGUUGCAAACUACCAGGGGAUAUCCUAGUCAUCUAGACCAAAUUGCUCACGUUUCUACAAUGAACUGAUGUAUAUAAAUAGGUCUGUCCUCCACAGGUACACUGUGCGUUUCAGCAAACUCAUAACAUGUUUUAAUCCUUUGUUUG